AUGAUAGCUGUGUAUCCAGAAUUUGUAGCCCUGGACGUUACAUACAAACUUUUAAGAAUGGGACUGCCAGUUUAUGUAACCUUAUCAGAAGAUGUAAAUUGUCAGAGCGAAAUUUUAGCUGUGUGCAUCUUAGUUAACGAAGAUCGAGAAAGUAUUUUAUGGUUCCUCAAUACAUUUAAGGAGGAAAAUCCUGAAAUUCUGAAACUAAACAGCAUUAUAACUGAUAAGGAUUUAAAUGAAAGGGGAGCUAUUCGGGUGGUCUUUCCAGCAGCUAAUUUCAUUAUUUGUAUUUUUCACGUUCAGAGAACAUUCCGAAGAGAAAUUACUUUCGCAAAAAUGAACAUCACCCAGUCGCAGAGAAACGAAUCCUUAGAGAUAUUGGUUAAACUGGUAUAUGCUCCAACAACUGAAAAAUUCGAAGAACUUGAAAGAGAUUUCACGAAAAAAGCUCCUCUUUCAGUGUUAAAUUACUAUAAUAAAAAUUGGCUUCCUAUUAGUAAUGCGAGAGCCUUACUUUUGAACAAAAUCUUGUUGAAGAUUCGUAAAUAA